UGCCAACCGAAAAGACGAAGCCGACCUCUCUCCCUCUGCAAAUCACAACGGUUGUCCAUCCACGCCUCCUUCAAAACCCUAGAUUUCUUGGGUUUCAAUCUUGCUUUUCAAAUGGCGAACAAAAGCAUCAACAACAAAGACGAACCCAGCACUGCUCCUGAGUCCGAUCGCUGGUAUGAUCUAACCCUAGGUUCCUCCUUUAAGGACCCCCAUUCCUCUACCAAGUUCUGCACUUUGCGAUAUGAAUUCAAACCAGCUUCAAUUGAUAAGAACCAACCGGGAUCACUACACAAGAACAAAGAAAAUAGGGUUACGGUAGAAUUUCAUAACAACCAACCGGGGAAACCCAAAGUGACAUUCGAGGGCAGUAGUGAGGAUUAUAAGGAAAAUGAUGCAGUUUUGUUCUUUGAUGGUGAGACUUUUCGGUUGGAGCGAUUGCACCGAGCAGUUAAGCGGUUAAGGCAUGUACGGCUACCUGGUGAAUCUGCAGCUGCAGCUGCCACUACUGCUGCUACUACUUCAGUUGUCCCCCCGGUUGAGUCUUAUUCACCACCAAUUGGGAAAGGAGCAAAACUUCAGUCAUUUAAUAAAAGCAUUGCUCAUCCAGUCCCAGUUGAGGUCGAACGUAUUGAUAUUGGCAACUCAGAGAGCUUAGGCACAAAAGCUAAAAAUGGGAAGGUUGUCGAUUACCCACCUUCCCGUCCAAAUCCAUCAGUGACAUCACCAAACCCUAAGAAUUAUGAACUGGAGGAGCACUUGGAUAUAAUUAAUGAUGACAAUGAUAAUUUUCAAAUAGCUAAAAAAGAAAAUGUCGCCGAAAGGGAAUUCCACACCGGCAUUGAUAUCAACCUGCCACAGCAAAAUGACAUAGAUGAUGAGAUUGCUGAUGUUGAUGUCAGUGAUGAUGAAGCAGAUAAGGGUCCUAAUGCUGCAGAAGCCCUUAGAGCCCAGGUGGAUGCAGAGGGCAGGGAGGAGAAGACUUCUAGCUCAAGCGGUAGCAGUGGGAGUGAAAGUAGUGGGAGUGGGAGUGGAAGUGGAAGUGGGAGUGGCAGUGGCAGUGGAAGUGGGAGUGGCAGUGGCAGCGGGAGUGGGAGGAGGAGCAGCAGCAGUGACAGUGAAACCAGCGAUGCUGACUCUGUCAAUUCCAUCUGAAGGAUUGAAACUUAGCCAUGCUGCUUAAGUUUGAACAGUGCAAAAAUGGACAAACAACUUUGGGUUUUUACAUAUUAUGGUUGCCCAUCAUCACCUGCUGCAUCAGGUGAGCAUAUGCUAUUGCAGGAAAAAGGAGAAGCUUGAGAGAUUCCAUCGCAUGGGGUUGAUUUUUAAGUGAUAUUCUGGUGUUGCUUUGCUGAAGCUAAUGCAUCAACAUCAAGCAACUUUAUGGGUUUGCUUAUAUUUGAUUUGAAGAGCUGCAUUUCUUAACACCCUUUUGUUUCUUUUCAUGUAACAUCUAAUUGUUUGUAAAAUUAUUAAUCAGAAGGGAACCCAAAUUUCCAUGUGAGUUAGUUGGCUCCCUCUGGAAUUCAUGUCAUGGUCACCACGUCUUUCUCAGGUGACCUUAAGGACCAUAUUCUGGGUAUUCUGCAUUCUCAAUAAUAAAAGUAGAACAAAUUUUUCAGAGCA